AUGGCGAGGUCUUUGCCACUAUGUUGUUACGUCAUCUUAUUAUGCCUUAUAGUGAGUGGGGUGGUUGCUCAUGAACACCACCCGCGACCACGGCCACGAUGGCUUCCGCGUUGGCGACGACCUCAUAAUCCCUUUCAUCCUACACGGCCUGAUAAUCCCUUUCAUCCUACACGGCCUGAUAAUCCCUUUAAUCCUACACGACCUCAUAACCCCCCACCACCACCCCCACGAACUCCCUCUCGUCCUACACGACCUAAUAACCGGCCUCCACCACCACCCCCACGAACUCCCUCUCGUCCAAAACGACCUAAUAACCCGCCUCCACCACCCCCACAAACUCCUUCCCGACCUAUGCAACCCAGUAACCGCCCACCGCCACCACCACUUUCACAAUUAACACCACCAAAUAUUUUAUCACCCAGGUCGCCACCUUCACAUUCUCCAUCUCCAUCGCUUUCUUCACCACAAUCUUCCUCUCCUUCUACAUUACCACUGUCUCCUUCACCAACAAAAUCGUUUGGCAACACAACUCCUCCUCCUAUAUCAUCAAUUUCUCCUUCACCUACUCCUUCAAAUUCAACUAGCCCUUCACCUCGUCCCUCUUUAUCACAAACCCCAUCUCCUUCUCCUUCACCGGCCUCUAAACUAAUUGUUCCCUCUUCGCCUUCACCUUCUAAUGCUAAUAAUAACUACACACCUUUGAAUUCAUCACAAAGUCCAUCUCCUUCAGCAUCAUCAUCUUUAUCUCCUUCACCAUCGCCUUCAACAAAAACUCCAUCAUCUCUUUCUCCUUCACCCUCAAAGCCAAUUAUAGCUCCUCGUCCUUCCAUAUCAUCAUCUUUUCCUCCUACCCAUUCACCAUUAGGUGCCAUGAACUCCUCGCCUCCUCGUUCUUCAGAAACACCAUCUCCUUCUCCUUCAGCUACUCUUUCAAAUUCAAUUAACUCCUCACCUCGUCCUUCUUUAUCACACACUCCAUCUCCAUCUCCUUCACCCUCUAAACCAAUUGUUCCCUCUUCUCCUUCACCUUCAAAUAACAAAAAUAACUCCUUACGUCCGAGCCCAUCACAAAGUCCAUCUCCUUCAGCAUCGUCAUCUUUAUCUCCUUCACCAUCACCUUCAACAAAAACUCCAUCAUCUCUUUCUCCUUCACCCUUAAAGCCAAUUGUAGCUCCUCCUCCUUCCAUAUCAUCAUCUCCUUCUCCUUCACCUGCUCUUUCAAAUUCAAUUAACUCCUCACCUCAUCCCUCUGUAACACAAACUCCAUCUCCUUCUCCUUCACCCUCUAAACCAAUAGUUCCCUCUUCUCCUUCACCUUCAAAUGCCAAAAAUAACUCCUUACAUCCGAGUCCAUCACAAAGUCCAUCUCCUUCAGCAUCGUCAUCUUUAUCUCCUUCACCAUCGCCUUCAACAAAAACUCCAUCAUCUCUUUCUCCUUCACCCUCAAAGCCAGUUGUAGCUCCUCGUCCUUCCAUAUCAUCAUCUCCUUCUCCUUCACCAGCUCUUUCAAAUUCAAUUAACUCCUCACCUCAUCCCUCUUUAACACAAACUCCAUCUCCUUCUCCUUCACCCUCUAAACCAAUAGUUCCCUCUUCUCCUUCACCUUCAAAUGCCAAAAAUAACUCCGUACAUCCGAGUCCAUCACAAAGUCCAUCUCCUUCAGCAGCGUCAUCUUUAUCUCCUUCACCAUCGCCUUCAACAAAAACCCCAUCGUCUCUUUCUCCGUCACCCUCAAAGACUAUUAUAGCUCCUCGUCCUUCCAUAUCAUCAUCUUUUCCUCCUACCCAUUCACCAUUAGUUGCCAUGAACUCCUCCCCUCCUCGUUCUUCACAAACACCAUCUCCUUCUCCUUCAGCUACUCUUUCAAAUUCAGUUAACUCCUCACCUCGUCCUUAUUUAUCACAAACUCCAUCUCCUUCUCCCUUACCCUCGAAACCAAUUGUUCCCUCGUCUCCUUCACCUUCAAAUGCCAACAAUAACUCGCUACAUCAGAGUCCAUCACAAGGUCCAUCUCCUUCACCAUCGCCUUCAACAAAAACUCCAUCAUCUCUUUCUCCUUCACCCUCAAAGCCAGUUGUAGCUCCUCGUCCUUCCAUAUCAUCAUCUCCUUCUCCUUCACCAGCUCUUUCAAAUUCAAUUAACUCCUCACCUCAUCCCUCUUUAACACAAACUCCAUCUCCUUCUCCUUCACCCUCUAAACCAAUAGUUCCCUCUUCUCCUUCACCUUCAAAUGCCAAAAAUAACUCCGUACAUCCGAGUCCAUCACAAAGUCCAUCUCCUUCAGCAGCGUCAUCUUUAUCUCCUUCACCAUCGCCUUCAACAAAAACUCCAUCAUCUCUUUCUCCUUCACCCUCAAAGCCAAUUGUAUCUCCUCGUCCUUCCAUAUCAUCAUCUUUUCCUCCUACCCCUUCACCAUCAGCUGCCAUGAACUCCUCCCCUCCUCGUUCUUCACAAACACCAUCUCCUUCUCCUUCAGCUACUCUUUCAAAUUCAGUUAACUCCUCACCUCGUCCUUAUUUAUCACAAACUCCAUCUCCUUCUCCCUUACCCUCGAAACCAAUUGUUCCCUCGUCUCCUUCACCUUCAAAUGCCAACAAUAACUCGCUACAUCAGAGUCCAUCACAAGGUCCAUCUCCUUCACCAUCGCCUUCAACAAAAACUCCAUCAUCUCUUUCUCCUUCACCCUCAAAGCCAAUUGUAUCUCCUCGUCCUUCCAUAUCAUCAUCUUUUCCUCCUACCCCUUCACCAUCAGCUGCCAUGAACUCCUCCCCUCCUCGUUCUUCACAAACACCAUCUCCUUCUCCUUCAGCUACUCUUUCAAAUUCAGUUAACUCCUCACCUCGUCCUUAUUUAUCACACACUCCAUCUCCUUCUCCUUCACCCUCUAAACCAAUUGUUCCCUCUUCUCCUUCACCCUCAAAUGCCAAAAAUGACUCCUCACAUCCGAGUCCAUCACAAAGUCCAUCGCCUUCAGCAUCGUCAUCCUUAUCUCCUUCACCAUCACCUUCAACAAAAACUCCAUCGUCUCUUUCUCCUUCACCCUCAAAGCCAAUUGUAGCUCCUCGUCCUUCAAUAUCAUCAUCUUUUCCUCCUACCCCUUCACCAUCAGCUGCCAUGAACUCCUCGCCUCCUCGUUCUUCACAAACACCAUCUCCUUCUCCUUCAGCUACUCUUUCAAAUUCAGUUAACUCCUCACCUCAUCCUUAUCUGCCAUGA